CACUGCUACUACAAUAUUAAGAGUUAAAUAAGCCGCUGCUGUAGAUUGUUUGAUAAAAGCAUCACUCAAAUCUAAACUCUUAUCUUCUACAAGUCGUACCAGGAAGACUUUCAAUCAUGUCUCUCCGGACUCUCGAACAACUACCACAGGCCACCCCUACUAUGGACACUGGACACUCAUUGCCAUCACUACCCUCGUUACCAAAGGAAGGGAGCCUCUUGUCCCCGCCAAGCUCACCAGAAAGAACGGCCACUCUUAUCCUAUCAGAGGAACGAAUUCAUUCUCAGCCAACAUAUGAGAAACCCGCUUCGGUGGAGAACCGAUUACGAUCCGCUGCAGAUGUUAUUAGCCGCAUCAUCUGGGAUCCGGAUUUCGAUAGGGAAGACUUUGUGAUCGUAUAUGAGGACCGAUUCGAGGGACGCCUAGAAGCCAGUUUCAAUACGUGGAAGCGAGAUACGACGCACGAGGAGUUCAUCCCGCAACACCGAAUCCUUCAUAUCAAGCGCCGGUCAGACGGGGAGGUGGUAUGGGAUCGAAGAAGGAGGAUUGAUAAGGUCUUCUUGAGCGGGAAUUCGGCCUUUGACUAUCUGGGCUUUCUUACUAGUUGAAUGGAGCCAUCUCCGAGGGGACAUACUGUUGGUGAUUGGUAGACAACUUAUAGAUCGUAACUUGAAGGCGGGCAAUACCUAGUACUACCUCAAGUACAGUGCCAGGUGGGAACCACCUUCCGUCUUGUGUG